CUUUUGAAUUUUAUUGAAUACAUAUUGCAGCAUAAACUUAAUGUAGAUAUGCUGAUAAAACAUCAUGAUUUCUAUAUUCUACCAAUGCUUAAUCCUGAUGGUCAUGAUUACAGCAUGAAAGAAUUGGUUUGGUCAAGAAAUAGAAGAAUUUAUUUUCCCAAAAAAAAGUGUAACGAAAAUAUAACUGCCAUUGGUAUAAAUUUGGAUAGAAAUUGGUAUUUUAGCAAAGAAACAUUAAUAAAAAAUGAAGAAUGUGAUUCAGUCUUCUCAGGUUAUAAAUCCUUAUCUGAAGAAGAAAAUAUGAGAUUGGCAAUUUUUUUAAAUAGAAAAGCUCUUGAUAUCUUGGCUUUCAUCAAUCUCAGAUCUUUCGAUGACCUUGUGACCAUACCCUAUGGGUAUACUACUGACCAAGCCAACAAUUACCCUAUUUUGAUGGAAAUAAUAACUUCGGUGUAUGAAAAAGUAAAAGAGGAGCAUAAUAAAACAUUUUUCUAUGGUGCUACUUCUUCCUAUUUCUAUAAUUACACUGGUAAUGUAGCUGAUUGGGUUAAGAAGAAAUUGAACACACCUAUUGUCUACACCAUAUAUAUGAAGAAUAUAGAUUAUCUUUAUGCUAGUCCUGAAGAUAUACAGCCAAUGACUGAUCAGUUUAGUACUAUGAUAAAGGAGAUUUUACUCCUUGGAAAUAGUAUCUACAGCCCACUAUUUAGUAAUCAGAGUAGACAUUGCUUACAAGUUAUUGUAAUACUCGUAAAUAUUAUGUGCACUAUAACAUUAUAACAUUUAUUGUCUAAUUAAUUUUCAUUUUCAUUAAUAUCAAAAAGUUUAAUUAUACUAUACCACGUUAAUACAAAUAAAGAAUAUAAACAAUUGUUUUGCCUGAAUGUUUGUAUUUAAAGCAUACAAGACGC